UCUUAACCAAUCAAGCUUGGUCAAUAAAGGAUUUAUUGUAUGGGUUUAUAGGAUCAUUAGAAGGUAGUCCAUUGAGAAGAGCAUUCUACAAUUCCACACAAGAGCAUGAUGUAACUGUGAUUGAGUGAUACGGAGUACUGUGUUUUAAAUCUCUGCGUGUUAUUUCACUAGUCAAUUGCAUAUGGUUAAAUGAAAAAUGCAACAAUGUUGUAAUUUCAAUUAAAUAUUUCCCAGAAAUCGCAAAAAUUGGUACCUAGGAAGAAAAACCAGUCUUUUAUAUGAUUAUGGUAAAAAUCUAUUUAUUUCCCGCAAAGUAAAAAACCACCAAUUUGCCAAAAUAAACUCCCGCAAAAAUUUAGUGUCACAUGGUAUUGCCCACUUACAGAGUUAGCCAUAUAAUAAACUGUGUUAUAUCCUACUUCAGACAAGAACUAAAAAGUCAUUAUGCACCCUGCACAAUGUAGCUAACCUGCAGCUAAGACAUCAUGUAAUGGAGGUCAAUUAUCUGUUUGAACCAAUUUUUGAGCAGAAAGAUCAUGGUACUUCUAGACUACAUCCCCACAUUCUUGCUACUCCUUAGUCUCCACUGUCAAUUUUACAUUUUACUGAUAGGAGACAAAUUCUUUUCUUUGUUUUCUUAAAUAAACAGUUGCUAAUAUACAUUUCACAUUUCACUGUUAGGGCACUGGACUUCAAAUCCAGAGCUCGCUGGUUGAAGUCUUACUUUGAACACUUAGCUAGAGUUGUUUCUCGAUAGACCAUGGUUCAACUCCUCGAUCAUGCUGUCUUGUAAAUAGCCAACUAGUCUGCAUACCGCCAGUUGGGAUUUUUAAGCCUAUUAUGUUUAGUUGAUAUAUUUGUUUCUUUCAGUUUAAGUGGCAUGCCCGUGAACUGGCUAGAUGUAGCUUAGUGCAUAUUUGACCACUAUAAAUGACAACAUUUGAAUUCAUUUUUUUUAUUUUUUAUUUUUUUAUUAUGUUAUUUAUUUAUUUAUUUUUUUGUACAGGGAAUGAUGUAGAUAAAGAUGAACUUGUAAUCAGAAUAUCUCUGAACAAGGACUUCAAGAGAAAUGAUUAUGGAGAGGCUAUAUUUUACAAAGACAAUGGAGAAAUUCUUGCAGCUGUAUAUCCUAAGAUGGGACGGAUGGUCGUGUGGAAUGCCACAGUUCCUUUCAUAUUCAAGCCCCCUGCAAUGUCCUAUGUGCAAGCUCAGUUUGAUAUUCUUGUAAGAAUCACAACAUCAAAAGAGAAAGCAGAGCAAGCAAUUUCAGAAACAAAGAAGUUAAUUGAGAAAUCAGAAAAGCAGGAUGCCUCAGGUUUCGCCCUCUCAGACGAGGGAGAUAUCCCACUUCUGGACUUCAGUAAAUAUGAGACAAGAAGGUUCCAUGACAGCCAGGGUCGAGAGAUUGCAGUGUUUGAUGGUUUGGUUGAUAAGUCAGAUCUUGACGCUCUGCGACUCUUCUUGUUACACUAUAACAGUGUGUUUGCUUAUCAGCCUUUUGAUGGUGUAGAUGAAGAACAUGACAAUGUGUCUUGGAUUGCUAUGCUGAAGGUGAAUAAGUUUGGGUUAUAAAAUGGUGACAAGUGAAAUUAAGAAAUAAUUUCAUGCGCGUUUUGUGAAAAUUCUAAUAAUUUC